CGGAGGUCAGCCCAGCUCCUCCUGGGCCCUGUCCCAGGCUCCCUGCCCCAGGCUCACCCGGCCCAGGGGGCUGCCCCUGGGGGGGGGGCUCUGUUUCUCCCCACCCAGGGGCGCAGGAGGCCGGGUCAUGGGUCCCCAGCGGAAAAUGAGCAGCUCCUUCAAGCGGGGCUCGCUCAAGAGCUCCACGUCCGGGUCGCAGAAGGGACAGAAAGCUUGGAUAGAAAAAACCUUUUGCAAGCGAGAGUGUAUCUUUGUCAUUCCCAGCACGAAAGACCCAAACAGGUGUUGCUGUGGCCAGCUCACCAACCUGCAUAUCCCCCCUCUGCCCAGUGUGACAUCCGGCAAAAAUGGGGAGGAGAACAAAGAGGUGGAGAGUCAGCCCGAGAAAUGGUCAGUGGGCAAACACACGCAGAGCUACCCGACAGAUUCCUAUGGGACGCUUGAGUUCCAGGGUGGCGGAUACUUCAAUAAAGCCAUGUACAUCCGCGUGUCCUAUGACACCAAGCCCGAUGCGCUGCUGCAUCUCAUGGUGAGAGACUGGCAGCUGGAGCUGCCGAAGCUCCUGAUAUCCGUGCACGGAGGCCUCCAGAACUUUGAGAUGCAGCCCAAGCUGAAGCAGGUGUUCGGGAGAGGCCUGAUCAAGGCUGCCAUGACCACCGGGGCCUGGAUCUUCACAGGGGGCGUCAGCACUGGUGUCAUCAGCCACGUCGGGGACGCCUUGAAAGACCACUCCUCCAAGUCCAGAGGCCGGGUCUGUGCUAUAGGAAUCGCUCCCUGGGGCAUCGUGGAGAAUAAGGAAGACCUGGUCGGAAAGGAUGUGACGCGAGCCUACCAGACCAUGUCCAACCCCCUCAGUAAGCUCUCCGUGCUCAACAGUUCCCACACCCACUUCAUUCUGGCCGACAACGGCACCCUGGGCAAGUAUGGUGCCGAGGGGAAGCUCCGGAGGCAGCUGGAAAAGCACAUCUCUCUGCAGAAGAUCAACACCAGGCUGGGCCAGGGCGUGCCCGUCGUGGGCCUCGUGGUGGAGGGCGGCCCUAACGUCUUCUCCAUCGUCCUGGAGUACCUCCGCGAGGAGCCUCCGGUCCCCGUGGUGGUCUGCGACGGCAGUGGACGCGCCUCGGACAUCCUGUCUUUCGCGCACAAAUACUCGGAGGAAGGAGGGGUCAUAAAUGAGUCCCUCAGGGACCAGCUCCUGGUCACCAUGCAGAAAACAUUUAAUUACAGCAAGACCCAGUCGCUUCAGCUGUUCGCAAUUAUAAUGGAGUGCAUGAAGAAGAAAGAGCUCGUCACCGUGUUUAGAAUGGGUGCCGAGGGGCAGCAGGACAUGGAGAUGGCGAUUUUAACUGCCCUGCUGAAAGGAACGAACGCGUCAGCUCCGGACCAGCUGAGCCUGGCGCUGGCUUGGAACCGCGUGGACAUAGCGAGAAGCCAGAUCUUUGUCUUCGGGCCCCAUUGGCCGCCCCUGGGCAGCCUGGCCCCCCCGGUGGAGAGCAAGGUCAUGGAGAAGGACAAGAAGCCGCCCACGGCAACCACCAAGGGCGGCAGAGGGAAAGGAAAAGGCAAGAAGAAAGGGAAGGUGAAAGAGGAGGUGGAGGAAGAGACCGACCCCCGAAAGAUCGAGCUGCUGAACUGGGUGAACGCUUUGGAACAGGCCAUGCUGGAUGCUUUGGUCUUGGAUCGCGUGGACUUUGUGAAGCUCCUGAUUGAAAACGGAGUCAACAUGCAGCACUUUCUCACCAUCCCGAGGCUGGAGGAGCUUUACAACACCAGACUGGGUCCACCAAACACUCUGCAUCUGCUGGUCCGGGACGUUAAAAAGGGCAACCUGCCGCCCGAUUACCACAUCAGCCUCAUCGACAUAGGGCUGGUGCUGGAGUACCUCAUGGGGGGCGCCUACCGCUGCAACUACACGCGCAAGAGCUUCCGGACCCUGUACAACAACUUGUUUGGGCCCAAGAGGCCUAAAGCUCUUAAACUCCUGGGAAUGGAGGAUGACGAGCCUCCGGCCAAAGGGAAGAAGAAGAAAAAGAAGAAGAAAGAGGAGGAGAUCGACAUCGACGUGGACGACCCGGCCGUGAGUCGCUUCCAGUACCCCUUCCACGAGCUGAUGGUGUGGGCCGUGCUGAUGAAGCGCCAGAAGAUGGCCGUCUUCCUGUGGCAGCGGGGCGAGGAGAGCAUGGCCAAGGCCCUCGUGGCCUGCAAGCUCUACAAGUCCAUGGCGCACGAGUCCUCCGAGAGCGAGCUGGUGGACGACAUCUCCCAGGAUCUGGACAACAACUCCAAAGACUUCGGGCAGCUGGCGGUGGAGCUGCUGGACCAGUCCUACAAGCAGGACGAGCAGGUGGCCAUGAAGCUGCUCACAUAUGAGCUAAAAAACUGGAGCAACUCGACCUGCCUGAAGCUGGCCGUGGCGGCCAAGCACCGGGACUUCAUCGCUCACACCUGCAGCCAGAUGCUGCUGACCGACAUGUGGAUGGGGAGGCUGCGGAUGAGGAAGAACCCCGGCCUCAAGGUCAUCAUGGGGAUUCUUCUCCCGCCCACCAUCCUGUUCUUGGAAUUCCGCACCUACGACGACUUCUCCUACCAAACGUCCAAGGAGAAUGAAGACGGCAAAGAAAAGGAAGAGGAACCUGGGGACACAAACGCAGACGCCAGCUCGAGAAAGGGCGAUGAGGAGAAUGAGCACAAAAAGCAAAGGACUGUCCCCAUCGGGACAAGGAUCUGUGAAUUCUACAACGCUCCCAUUGUCAAGUUCUGGUUCUACACGAUCUCGUACCUGGGCUACCUGCUGCUGUUCAACUAUGUCAUCCUGGUGCGCAUGGACCGCUGGCCCUGCCUCCAGGAGUGGGUCGUCAUCGCCUACAUCGUGACCCUGGCGUUAGAGAAAAUCCGAGAGAUCCUCAUGUCGGAACCAGGCAAACUCAGCCAGAAAAUCAAAGUCUGGCUUCAGGAGUACUGGAACAUCACCGACCUCGUGGCCAUCUCCGUGUUCAUGAUCGGCGCCGUCCUCCGCCUGCAGAAGCAGCCGUACAUGGGCUACGGCCGCGUCAUCUACUGUGUGGACAUCAUCUUCUGGUACAUCCGCGUCCUGGACAUCUUCGGUGUCAACAAGUACCUGGGGCCCUACGUGAUGAUGAUCGGAAAGAUGAUGAUCGACAUGCUGUACUUUGUGGUCAUAAUGCUGGUCGUGCUGAUGAGUUUCGGGGUAGCCCGUCAGGCCAUUUUGCACCCUGAUGAGGAGCCUUCCUGGAAACUGGCCCGAAACAUCUUCUACAUGCCUUACUGGAUGAUUUACGGAGAGGUGUUUGCAGACCAGAUAGACCUCUACGCCAUGGAAAUCAAUCCUCCCUGUGGGGAUAACCAGUAUGACGAGGAAGGCAGGAGGCUCCCUCCCUGCAUCCCGGGCGCCUGGCUGACCCCCGCCAUUAUGGCGUGCUACCUGCUAGUGGCCAACAUCCUGCUGGUAAACCUGCUCAUCGCGGUCUUCAACAACACCUUCUUUGAAGUGAAGUCCAUAUCCAAUCAAGUGUGGAAGUUCCAGCGGUAUCAGCUGAUCAUGACAUUUCACGACCGGCCAGUCCUGCCUCCACCGAUGAUCAUUUUAAGUCACAUCUACAUAAUCGUCAUGCGUCUGAGUGGUCGCUGCAGGAAGAAGAAAGAAGGGGACCAAGAGGAGCAGGACCGUGGACUGAAGCUGUUUCUCAGCGAGGAGGAGCUGAAGAGGUUGCACGAGUUCGAGGAGCAGUGUGUGCAGGAGCACUUCCAGGAGAAGGAGGAUGAGCAGCAGUCGUCCAGCGACGAGCGCAUCCGUGUCACCUGCGAGAGAGUUGAAAAUAUGUCGAUGAGGCUGGAAGAGAUCAAUGAACGGGAGCAGUUUAUGAAGACGUCCCUGCAGACGGUCGACCUCCGACUGACGCAGCUGGAGGAAUUAUCGAGCAGGAUGGUCACGGCGCUGGAACACCUCGCGGGGGCGGACAAGUGGGAGCUGAUGCCGCCGCGGUCCCGCGCUUCUUCCGAAUGCGAGGCGACUCACCUUCUGCGGCAGAGCAGCGUGCACAGCGCCGACAGCUGCGGCACGAGCAGGUUGCAAUUGUUCGCCGAGGAGCUGGUGUGUGAGGACGCGUCGUCUCUGUCCAUGCCACCGGGGACAGGCUUCCGGAAGAAAGCCCGCUCCUUCCGCGUGAAGGAAGAAAAGGACCUGAAAAUGCCCCUGAUCGCUGCAGAGCGCCAGGGCAGCCUUCGCCUCUUCCCCAGCACCAGCGCCCCGGCGACCCGCGAGGGCAGUCGGCUGGCCUUAGCCAACGUCAAGCACGCUUCAGAGCCAAAGUUAGGCCCAGAAAUCGGGAUUUCGGAAGGCGACCCAAGGCAGGCCAACUCUGAAAGAGGAGAAACCAUUUCCCCAGGUCCAAAUCAAACCGAGGUCAUGCCUGGAUUGAAUAAAUCCAAUGCUCUGAACACUCAGCUGACAGUGGGGACAGCGCAGAUAGAAGGCACCGUUUCCUGUUCCCUGGAAGACACGAAGGUGACAUGCUGUCACCCCGACGAAACACUCGAGGCUUGUCAAACCGUGGAGUCCAGAAGUUUUGUAUAUUCCCACGGGACAAAGCUGGUCAGCGGGCUGAACAACUGGUGUGCGGAGUACAGCUCGAUCAUGGAUCGAGCCUGUCCCUCCACGGGGCAGCAGUGGACCACCGAGUGGAAAUACGAAGUUCAGAAGAUCACGCGGUCUCGCAGCACCGAUAUCCCCUAUGCCGUGUCGGAAGCCGCGAUGCAGGCAGAGCUCAGAGACCCAUCCACGGAUCCCGAAGACGAUAGCUGCGUUCCCACGAGGGUCCCUCGAAUCUCUCGCUUGUCACUCGCCGUCACGGAAAGAACGGAAACAGGGAACUUACUAGCCGUGAAACCAGAUCAAACUUUGGGCUUCGCGUCUUCAAGGUCAAAAAGUUUACACGGCCACCCUAGGAAUGCUAAAGCCGUUCAGGGCAGGUUAGACAGAUCUGGACAUGCCAGCAGCGUCAGUAACCUGGGAGUUGCGUCUGGAGUUAAAAUGGAGACACAGAAGGUUAAGCAAGAGAAAACGUCCACGGAAACUGAAUGCUGAUGUGUUUGGUUUGCCUGAUGUUCAAAUCAGAGCCACUGAUGAGUUCCAUCUCGGAUCCUCGGUUUCCGAAAACGUUUUCAUCAGGUGUAUUUGGCCAUUUGGACUUGUGAUUAAAAUGGAAUACACUAAACUUAAAGGAAUAUUUUGUUAGCAUCUGUCAGUAACCUUGUUUUUUGUUUUUUUUUUAGUUGGAGUAGGAUCAAAUGAAAGUGAUGAUACUCCAAUAGAGGUUAAUUACUUAAUCAGUAUACAAGAAUCUUUCACUCUCAGUAACAACAACAACAACAACAAAAAAGAAUCUAAGUCUCACCCUGGCUGGUGUGGCUCGGUGGAUUGAGUGCCAGCCUGCAAACCAAAGAGUUGCUGGUUCAA